CUUUUACCGACAGAAACAUAAAAACUCGGGAAGAAACGGCUGGAAAGGGAGUUGAAAAACCACUCCACACUGCCUAACCGAAUAAUCAUAGUAACAGUACUGCAACUCACAAUUGCCAGUCAAAGAGAACAAUAGUUUCACUUCACCUCUGACUCUCUCUGAGUUCCAGACAUGCCGCCGUUUCUCUGCAAUAGCCGACGUGCCGGGAAUUGGAGUUUUCUCAUCGGGAAAGCGUCAGGCGACAUGUGAGUGCACCAAAACCAUCAGAUCAGGUAUUUUUGUCUCUUAACUUUCUUUUGAGCAAGGAUAUGACCGGAUUCUUUAAAGGAAAACGAAGGUAAAGAAAACAUCAGUGAGCCCUUUCGUGAAUACACAAAAAUCUUGGAAUCCCAGAUUUUGAUUUUUAAUUUCUUCCGCUUCUGUUCUUUCAUAUUUAUAUAUAUCUGAUUUCGCAGGAGAAUUCUUGCGUCUUUAAAUUGCAGAAGUCUGUUUAAAAAGGGUGAAAGAACUGAAUGUUGAGGUGUUUUGGAGAUAGCUGAUGCGUCCGUGUUUCUAAUUCCUUAAACAAGUACCUCAGGAUUGUCAAACCUGUCAUAGGAAAGGGAUGUUUUUCACCAUCUUCUUUUGUAUGAUGUGGAAUUCAAGCUUCCUGAUUUUGUCUUUGUUCAUUUUAUAGGUGUUUAUGUUUGACAAAAUUUUCUGUUAGGAAUCCAUAAUUGCUAGUUUCUGUAUUAGAGUUGGGGUUUUCUUGUUCUUCCCUCUUUCCUUACAAAAAUUCCAUAUAGCCAUCUAGAUAUGUCUCCAAGGGCAGAAAAGAGUAUGAAUCCAGUAAGGCUUCUUUCAUUCCUUAUAGCCAUUUCUUUGUUUCUAUUGACCAUCUCUUCUUUUUCCCUCCUCCACUUUGAUACCAAUUAUUUCAUCCCCAAAUCAGUUCUCCAGUUAAUUCUCAUUAACAACAUCACAUCAGAUAAAUGGAAUUCAAGCACUACCCAUGCUGAAACCGAGAUGCCUUUGCUUCCUAAUUCCAGUAAAAACCCUAACAGAGUGUGUGAAGGGAAUCAAACUAUUCUUAGAGUUUAUAUGUAUGACUUGCCGCCGGAAUUCCACUUUGGGCUUUUAGGAUGGAAAGGAAGUAGGAACGAUAAAAUAUGGCCUGGUGUGGAUGAGCCGAGCAAAAUCCCACGAUAUCCUGGUGGGUUGAACUUACAGCACAGCAUAGAGUAUUGGCUCACCCUCGACCUUUUAUCGUCAAAUACCUAUUAUACCCCAACUGCUUUUAGUAGGCCAUGCACGGUUGUGAGAGUUCGAAUCUCAACCGAAGCAGACGUUAUAUUUGUACCGUUUUUCGCUUCCCUGAGUUACAACCGCCAUUCAAAGGUUCAGAACGAUGGUGAGAUCAGCAAGGACCAACUGCUGCAACAUAGAGUGGUCGAGUUUUUGAAAAGUAGAGACGAGUGGAAGCGGUUUGGUGGGAGGGAUCAUCUUGUGGUGGCUCACCAUCCUAAUAGUAUGUUGGUUGCUAGGAAGAAGCUGGGUUAACUAUUCGAAUAAAAGCAACUUCAUUAAAUUAGUGAGUUUCCCAACUCACUCACUUAUCUAAGUUGCUUUUUGCAUUGAAAACAGAGCCUGCCGCCAACUAUUAAUCAAGUUACAAAAUGUUCAAUUACUAUCCAACGGUAAUUAAGAACAGUUAUCAUCAAGAGGUAUAAAUAUCACUUUUACCUCACCGCAUUCUUUACUUAAGCUCCAUCUCUCAAAACUAGCUCAAAACCUUCUUCAAAUCUUAAAACAAAAAGUUUUUCAUCAUCCUCAUCAAAUGACGAACCCCUCAAAUUCUUCAUCUCACAAUAUUUCUCUUGAACUAAACCUAGCUCCUCCACAUCUAUCAACUCAACGAAGAUCAGUUCAAACCCAUAUUCAAGAGGAGUGUCAUUCUGCUCUUGAAUCAAGAAUCAUCUUCGAAAAGGAGAAUGAAAUAAUGUAACAUGAGACACUCAGAGUUAUGGCUCGGAGGACAUGGAGAUUUUCUCCAAUCAACUUUCUUCUUCUUAAUGCACCUAGAAUGACUCAAGAAGAAGUUUGCGUUUGAAUGGCUGAAGACAAGAAACAUUGAAAUGUCAUUGUCAUUAAGCUAUAUCAAUAGGGUCUACCAAGUCAAACUUGAUAAUCUCAAACAAGGUGAUGCAAAACGGAGAAGGAGAGCAGGCAGAAACUUCCUCCCUGGAGAAUCAUCAGGUAGAAGACACCAAUUCGCAUAGGUGUUUGUUGCUGCCAAAAAGGGGGGAAAUAUAAUCAAACACAUAGGACAAUUUUUUCCAUCAUUUAGUGUUUGUAUUCUAGUUUUUGGCAUCAUCAAAAAGAGGGAAAUUGUUAGGUCCCCUAGAUUUUGAUAAUCAUAUAUUGUUUUGAUGAUGCCACCCCUUUUUAUAUUAUCCCUGUAAUAGACUAGAGCUUGUAUUUGUUCUACUUUGUUUAUUGUAAUGUGCUCCAUAGUGAUAAAGUACUCAAGAAAAACAAAGAGUACUAAAAAGAGAAGAAAUGUACCAUAAAACAAAAAGAGAAGAAACAAAAAGAAAAGGUACGAAAAGAGUCAACUGAAACCCUUAAAACGGAAUCAGAUACUUAAGUAAGAAGACCAUCUUAUGACCUUCUGUCAUGGUUGUAUCACAAAACCUUAGCAACAGAAGAGGUUCUCUGGUGACACCAAAACAGAAGACCUCAUUAGUAUUCUGAUUAAGUACUCGACAUCUGCUAUUCUUCUCUUAGCACAGAAACAAGAAAACAGAAGACUCACUUGCAGUCAAAAUGACAAAAAGAAUAGAAAAUAAUAUUAUAAGAAAUUAUGUGACAAAAUUUCUUAUAAAAUUAUUUACUAAAAGCAAGUAAUUCUAUCAUGAGGAAGCAUUGAACAACACUCGACCUAGAUACUGAAUUUCUACGAGCUAAAGAAAUAAAAGAUAAAUCAUCUUUAUCUUUGCCUAGAAAUGAGGAAUCAAGUUGAGUGAGCAUAAAUGAUCCGUGUCACAAGAAGACAAGAAUCUACCAUGCUGCCCCAAUCAAGCGGAACAAAGCAAGUAGAUCAAGCAACGAUCAAGAUUGGAUCACUCAGCCAACGGAGGAGAUUCAACAACAAAGUCUAUAAAUACAGAAAGAGUGCGGGAAGACCAAGUGUGGCACCAGAUGGCAACAAACCCUGGUAUAUUGGAAUCCAGUGGAACUGAAGGGAAUCAAGGUAUACACGAAAACAUCCAGCUAGUUGAUUCACCUUCACCACUCUAGUUACCACCCCACUCAUCUAAUGCUCUUAGAAUAGCUCAUUAUUCAUACACAUCUAUAGAGCUUAGGUUAGUUGGUAGACUAGCUUAUACACAUGUAAACUAGUCUAGUGUAUUCAUUCUGGUAUGUGUGUGAUCAUCCAAGAGGUGAGGCAAGGACAUGAGUAGCUUCUGGCUGGACAAUGCCAUUAGUGAAAAACCUUGGAGGACAUGAGUAGCUUGGAACAGGUUGGUUCCUCGUGAAAAACCUCACAAUCUACGUCCGGGUCAGGGGUAGAUUGGGCACUAAAUGUAAUGGGAUAUUCAUUUAGUGGAAAUACAUUUGAAAUAGGUUGGGACUGGAUGUAGGAGGAUUACACCACCUCUGAACUAGGAUAUAUCUUGUGUACCUUUUACAUUCAGCACCUAACACAUACUUCAGUACAAACUCACCUUCAUGCUAUCCGAAAAGCUUGCAUAUUCACUGUCCAGAAAACUCCCUAAAGUUUUCUGUAAAUCAAUACUCCUUACCUAAGUACUUCAAAGAGAUCUAUAUCAACAAGUCUAAAUCCUUCACACAAAGGUGUUCUGUCCACCCAUCUCUGUUACAACUAAAAGGGUCAUAACCUUUGUUUCUAUAAAGUGUCACAUUCUUGAGGUCAAGACUUCCGCUGUAUGUUUCAAUAUCUCUCAAAAGAUAUUGGAACACAUUCUGUUUGAGGAAAAAGGGUUGAAAAAGAAAAGAUUUUUAUAAGUCUAUUCACCCCCCGGCCCUCUAGACUUCUACCUCACAUGGGACCAUAAAAAACAUAGAGAGAUUGUUUCUGGAUGAAAAAUAAAUUUGUACAUAACCAAAUAUAAAAGGCUAACCUAUGAUAGGCACAAAUGCACAAUAAGACUAUCAGUUCAUAAAAAUAUACACUGCACUAACAAGAGUUCUACAUACUCCUAAUAGAUAAUAAGCUUUCACAUUUUGACUCCACAUAAACUGUUGGAGAGUUGUAAGGUCAUGAGAUUGUAUAAACAAAUAUAAAAGGCUAACCUAUGAUAGGCACAAUAAGGCUAUCAGUUCAUAAAAAUAUAUACUGCAUUAACAAGAGUUCUACAUACUCCUAAUACAUAAUCAGCUAUCACGUUUUGACUCCACAUAAACUGUUGGAGAGUUGUAAGGUCAUGAGAUUGUGUGAUGUAGCACUGCUGGAAGACUUAGAUUGUCUUUGAGUAGAUGUUCAUAUUUGUAUUUGGUUGAACUCGUGAAAUAAUGUAACAUAGAUGUGGUUGGAAAUGUGGGUUUUUACUGUUUUAUAUCUAAAAGAGCAUAAAUAAAUGUCUGCGAAUAAAACUUAAUUGUAAAUAACUGGUACCGGUGUAUUUAUAACAAAUAAACACACAAAAUGGAAGUCUAAAUAAGAGGGUAAAAUGGGAACAUUUCAAGAUUAUCCAAUAUUACAGAAGAAAUAGAAUAUGAUCAAAUUACGCUCUAUAUUAUCUCCAAAAAAAGUAAUGUUACAUAUCUAAGCCUCUAAUGUAAGCUAAAACAUUAAAACCAAACAAGUUAAAUAUAGCACUAUCAUUUGGGUCACACUUUAGAAAAGGUAUUAUUAUACGUUUACACGAGGGGUGAUCAUUGACCUGAUAGACAGAUGAAGGCCUCAAGGCAGAAAGCAGCUUUAUUGAUUCCAAUACAGCAGAACCAUUUUUAACAACCUGCAGUGUCAAUUGCACAGGUACCAACUACAUUCAGACUAACUGCAUCUAAGCAGGCUAGGUGCCACUCGACCAUCCGAGGGCUAGUGACUUUUGCAUCACUGCUUCCAAUCUCAACAUACCAACACCGAUAAAUCUUCCUGUUUUUACCUCUCUCAGCCCACAAUUCUUCAAAUGUGUUGCCAACGAACCAAGGAGAGAAGUCAAUGAAUAGAAUUCUAACUCGAACUUAAUAAGCAUUAGUAUCAACUAUCAACCAAAUGCAGAUAAAAGCUAAUAACGGAGUGACCUAACAAACUUAACGCGAAAGUAAGAAAAUAAAAAAUAAAAUGAAUGACAAAUACUUCAGUCUCGUUCUCGCCAGUAUUCUUGACGUAUCAUCUUCCAAAACCUAUCACCUCGGUCGCUCCAGGGCAACGAUUCAGAAGGGGGACGGUCUGUCGAUCUGUCUUCUCCCUUGCUUAGAACUUGAUUCAGAAGUUGUCAGGCGAUUUUCCCAUUGAAAGUAUCAAUCGCAAACCUCCAUAUUCGAUCCAUAGCAACACAUCCAGAAACAUUAACCAUAGAGAACCAAACCAUGGAGAGGCAGAAUGUGGUAACGACCGCCCUCCCACUUAUGCUACAACCCAUUCACCAGACAAGAAACGACGCAAGCCGUCUGCCGGAUAGACAAACCCUAGACAAAAGCUAUAUGGAGGAGACCACUUUUAUGUUAGUAUCAUUGCCGCCUCCGCUGCAAUAGUUCAACCCCAAUUCCAACAACGAUGAUGCAAGGUGUCGCUAGACUCCCGCUUCUCCUUAAACCAUAAUAGAGAGAACAAAACUAAAAAACAUCCACUCCAAUCCCAUGCUGAAAUGCAAGGGCGGUAGCAUCAAUAAACCCUAACAAGAAAGAAGGAAUUAUUUCAGCCUUACAAAGGGUCGAACGUAUUUAACAAAUAAAGGUAUGCUCUUAAUUAUUUAUCUAUAUCUGACUAUAUGUUCUAUAGGACUAGUAAAUUACGCAAAACUAACUUGCCUAAAAUAUUUUUUUGACUGAUCGUUACUGCCAUCUUAAUGCCCGACAUGACAAAUUUGGAAGUAUAAUUUCAAAAUGACAUUAAUUACUCUUAUUUAAGGGGAUAAACAUAGUACUCCUAUUUUAAAAUUUCACAUUGUUUUACUCCUAUUUUGAAAAUUUUCUCAUAUGAAAAUAACAAAUGUUACAACUUACAAGUGAUGCUGUGAUGGAUAUAAUUAUCUUAGUAAGCCAUUCGAUCAAGCAGCCGGCUAAGGCAAACUGAAGAUUAGAGAUUGGACGGCUAUACAUGAGGAAGCCCGAAGACUAGGUAACAUCCAACAGCGCUCAAAUAUUAUACAGUUGUAACAUUAAUUGUUAAAUAUUACAGAGUAUGUAACGAUCAGUCAUCAUUUCAUAUUGUAUUGAAGGACUAAUCCAUUGGAAGGGUCAAUGGGUCAUACACAUAUACUUGGUUCCAACCCGAUAUAUAUACCUUCAUUUUUACACACUCACAUACUGAAAUAUAUAUGUAUCAUCUCACUUGUUCAAUUGUUCUUAUACUACCUCCAUCUCAAAGGGCAUUGCCAACUUUGAGUUGUGUGUGAAAUAAGAAAAGUAAAACUCAAGUGUUUGAUGUUUGUGGUUGUGCAGAAAGAGAGAAGUAAGCAGAAACACAACUUAAUUAAUAAUUAUGUUCAGACAUCCCAUUGAUAACUCAACAACAGCAAAUUGCUACUAUUACCACUAUUAACAUGUUGAAAUUUGUGUGCACUUUUAUUUAAUAAUUAUUUUUACUGCUUUUAAAUAAUAUAGGUCUGCUGAAUGCUUUUUUGACGUUUAUACGAUUAUUUUGAAUAUACACGAAUUUGUCAACACAGACAUUUCAUCAUUUAUUUUGCUCUACAGUUGCAUUAUAGUUCUGCUGACUAUUUUUAUAUGUUGAUGUUUUACAAGUUUAGCAUUUGGAAAGGAUCAAAGGAGUAGGAAAAUUUCUACCAAAAACCCUAAACAAUAUGCACGAGCCGAACACAUUGCAACACAUAAUUGGAAUGUAAUCUGGGCUUGCAUUUUGCUAAAAGAAAGAGCAUGGUCAUAACUCACAAAUAUGACACUAAAUUUUAUCACACUUCAAAAUGACUAGAAAUAUUUAUAGCACAUAACUUUACUCUCAUCCUUUUGGGGGCUCUAAAAUCACUAGAUGCAUUGCUAGACACUGCUAGACACGAUUUGCUAAUAACCAAUGCCCAAGAAGAGAGCAAAUCUUGCAGUAUGAUAUAUUGUCACCAAAAGCACUUAGAUCCAUUUGAAACGGAUGCCUCUGCUUCUACAAUCAUAAAGAUGCCACUAUCUUCUGUAUUAAAAAAAAAAACUGAUAAAGCAUUCCCUAAGCAGCAAUUUCCAACAAUAUCUUAUUCCCUGACCAUCUCUUUCAGAUCCUGAGCAACAAAGCUCUUUGACUAUUAGCAGAGAAAGUGAAUUUAUUUGGGGAACAAUUAUUAUCUAUCAUCUCCUGUAGAACUCUAAUUCCUUCUGUUGGAUUACCCUAAUCAGCAUGCUAUAAGUAAAAGCAUUAGGUAUGCACCCCUUAUCAACCCAUGUCAUCCCACAGCCUCCCAGCUUCAAGUAUGUCUCCAUUCUCACUCAUUCCUGCAAUUAAUGUGUUGUACAUCAAAACACUGGGAGCCGAACCUCCCUCAAGCUGAUCAAAUAAUUUCUUUGCUUCCCAAAUGUGUCCCUCCUUGCACAUAGCAUCAAUAACCCUACAACAAAGUGAUCCACUAGGUGGAUAUUUGUUGUCAAGCAUAUCAUUAAGCAAGUUGACUGCUUCACCUGGUCUCUUCCCAGCACACAAAGCCUCUAUCAUCACUCCAUAACUUACAUCAUUUGGUUUGACCCCAUUGUCCUCCAUCUCUAUCGAUUCAAGUGGUAAUUAAAGAGUGGAAAUAAUGCAUUUAUAUAACUAUAUUUCAUCUUUAUCUCAUUUUGUUUUACUAUUUUUACACACAAUUUUGUAUUGCAGCCUUGUAGGUACCUCAAAUUUACUUGGAAAAUAAUAAUUUGAUUAAAUUGGGAUCGGAAACAGCUCAUUUCAACAUAAAUUUAACAAAAUUUCACAUGCUAUUUAAAAGUAGACAUACGAAAGGUGUUCGGAUCUCUAGUUAUUUGAAAACUUCAAGAGAAUUUAAGAAUUUUCUAAAUGAAUGUCGAGAAGUAUUCAAUGUUAU